UUAACUGGCAACCUCGGUAACGCUUCCGGUUUAUGGGAGGAUCCGGUAUCCUCAUCACACACACACAUACACACACACCGGCUCCAGAGAGCGGUCCAAACACUUAAACAGCAGCAGCAGCAGAAUGCGGAGCGAACCGCCGGAACCGGAACCGGGCCGGGAUGGAGAUCAGCACGAGCAGCUCAGGAGGGUCCAGGAGGAGAAUGAAGCUCUUAGAAGCGAGAUUCAGGAGAUGCGUGUGGAGAUGGAGGAGAUGCACGACGCCUUUUACGAGGAAGACACCUGCCGGCUUCACGAGCUGCGACGAGAGCUCGAGAGAGCCAAUAAAAACUGCAGGAUCCUGCAGUAUCGCGUGCGCAAAGCCGAGCGCAAACACCUGCGAUUCGCAUCGGGUGGCGAAGUGGACGAGGAGCUGCUGAGGAACCUGGAGCAGGACCUAAAGGUGGCCAAGGACGUGUCGGUGAGGCUCCACAAUGAGCUGAAGAACGUGGAGGAGAAACGCACAAAGACGGAGGACGAGAACGAGAGACUGAGAGAGAAACUCAUCCAGCUGGAGGUCAACAAGGAGACGCUGCAGAACGAGCUAGAGAGAACCAGAGAGAAGAGGGGAGGCAGUAAAGAUGCUCAGAGGAGCGAGAGGACGAGCGCUCAGACCCACAGUGAGGACAACGACAGUGAGGAUCUGAAGUGCCAGCUGUCCUUCAUUAACGAGGAGAUGCUGCUCAUGAGGAAGAAGAUGGCGAAGCUGGACAAGGAGAAGGACGAUGCGGAGCAGGAGCUGCAGAAAUAUCGCUCCUUUUUUGGUGACUUUGACAGCCUCCAGUUCAAAGGGGAAGCCGUGGGCCCGCCCACUGCCCGUCAGUCAGAGCUGAGGCUCCGCCUACGAUUGGUAGAGGAGGAGGCCAACAUCCUGGUGCGCAAGAUCGUCGAGCUGGAGUUGGAGAACCGCGCCCUGAGGGCGGAGCUCGACAAUGUUAGAGGAGAAGAGGAACUGUCUCCUGGAACAACCAAGGGCGUGGCUGAUGCAAAUCAAGGGGCGGGGCUCUCUGAUCUGAGAGAGCAGCUGCAGCUGGUGGAGGACGAGGCAGAAUUUUUACGGCAAAAUCUGGCAGAGGCGGAGGAGCAGAACAGGAAAGUGAAGAGCGAGCUGAAGAAGCUGCGGAUCAAAGAGGCGUCGAGGUACGCGGCCGAGGGCAGCGCUUUAUCGUCUGAGGGCGGAGCUGCGGCCAUGGAGAUGCUGAAGGAGGAGUUGAAGGCGGCACGGCUGCAGGUGAACGAGCUGAGCGGGAAAGUGAUGCAGCUGCAGUAUGAGAAGAGAGUAAUGGUGAAUAAACCAAGCGAUGAUGGAGGAAGAGAAGAGAGAGGAGGAAAAAGAGGAGGAGGAGGAGAGAAAGAAAGCAGCGGAAGAAUAGAGCAAGGAGGAGGAGAGAAAGAAAGCAGCGGAAGAAUAGAGCGAAGUGGAGGAGGAGAUUUAGAACAAGGAACUUUAGCAAAAGAUUUAGCAGAAGAAGCAGUAACUGUAAGAGAAGAAGGAGGAAGAAUAGGAAAACAGGGUGCAGGAGGAGGAGCAAGUGGCGAAGAGAAAGGAGGAAGAGGCCGAGAAAGAGGAGAAAAGUCAGAUAGAGAUGGAAGAGAAAGAGAAAAAAGUGGAGGAGAAGAAAGAGGAGGAAGAGAAAGUGAUGAUUCUUCAUCCUUGUCACUCCUUCCUCUUCAUCAGAAGCGUGAAGGCCCCAUCGGGGGAGAGAGCGACCCGGAGGACACGCUGCACUCCUUUAUGUCUCCUCUUCAGCUCACCCGUCGCUCCACUCCCCCGCUCCUUCCCCGCUCGCCCCGAGAGCGCCAGCGCGUGACGGAGAUCCGAGCCGAGGCGGAGCGCCUGACGCACACCAUCGAGCUCCUCAUCGCUCACACGCAGGAGUUCGUGGCUGACGGAGAGCAGGAUGGAGGACAGGACGCUGACGAUGAAGACGUGAGGACACGCGAGCGACAGCUGCUCCAGCGCAUCGGCACGCAGAUGAACGAGUUCAGGAACGAGCUGCAGGGGUUUAUGGGAUUUAUAGAGAGACUGGAUGGAGCCAAGCGGGACGAAACGCAUUUGGAAGAGCGGAUGUCUAUGUUCCAGCCGAUCAUUUUACUCAUCCUCAUCCUCCUGCUCUUCUCCUCGCUUUCCUACGCCACCAUGUUCAAACUCGUGUUUCUUUUCACCCUCUUUUUCGUGCUGUGAUCUCUCUCUCUCUCUCUCUCUCUCUCUCUCUCACUCACUCUCAUCCUUUCGUUAGCAGACCUUUUUGUCCUUUCGUUUUGUUCGUAUGUAGAUGUUGUGCUCGUUUUCCGUUCAUGCAGAAUUACAGGAGACGCGCUUCUCAGGAGCCCCGGGACCCCGACGCGCAGAGCGGACACAGGACGGCGUUUCCCCGAGCGCUCUCCUGACGAGAGAGCGCGUUCUGCUGGGACUCGGACCGCAGUGACGGAGUGCCUUUCAUUUUCCGCCGGAAUGCAAAAUUUAUUUUUGAACUACAUGGAGUGCCAAAGGAGACUACGUUACCCAGAAUGCAUCGCUGUGACCAGAGAUUGUUCCAUCAGCAUUCUUGUUUUAUUUUUGUUCGACUUAACAUCACGCAUCAUUGGAGCACAUAUAACACAGAGCGCCGCAAAAUUUACGAUGUCAUUUUUCCCAGAAUUCCUGCUGCCACCUGAUUGGUUCCAGAGUUUCUUUACUUUUAUUUCCUUUUAACUCAUACUUACUGUUACCACAGUUUCCUUCCUUUUCUUAUUUCUUUACUUCUGUUUAAUAUAGUCCUUCAUUAACAUUUAGCAAUUUCUUUUCUCAUUUUUACUAUCCUUAAUUUCUAAUCUUUCUAUCUCCUUUCUUUUUUAUCUUUUUGGCCCUUUUCCCGUCUCUUUCUUGCUCCCAUUACCACCUGUUUUCUCUUCUUUAACUUUUAUACCUUUUCUUUUGCUUUUUUCUUCUUUACUUUUACUUCUUCUCCUCUUGCAAAUGCUGACACUCUCUGUCUCUGUCUCGCUUACUCUCUUUCAGAAUCAGAGUCUAACCUCCUGUUCUAGUCUUCAGCUGAACUUAACACUAGUGAUACACACACACACACACACACACACA